AGAGCGUGCACAGCCUAGCAGAAUGUUCAUGAAGUGGAGAAGAGUGAAAAAAUUGAAAUUUCUACAGCUUGUCUCGAUGUGCUGUGUCAUGUCAGUCCUCAUGGUUUGCUGGGAACAUGUGGACAACCACGUUGUAAGCCAUGUGAAGUCAUACUCCUACCGCUACCUAGUCAACAGCUAUGAUUUUAUCAGCAAAAGUCUCAGCGUAAGCCCACAGCAAGCCGCUAGGUUUGGUAGCUCCCCAUAUUUGCUAAACAACAAGGACAUUUGUAAAGACAAAGACGUGCUGCUUCUUCUAUUUGUGAAGAGUUCACCAGGAAAUUUCAGAAGACGACAGGCCAUACGCUCCACUUGGGGCCAAGAGUCCUACAUAAGACACAAGCUAGGUGUUGUCAUAAAAGUAGUGUUUGCAAUGGGUGUUUACCCUGACGUGAACUCUGAUAGCUUGAGGUGGAAAAAAUUGCACAAAGAAUUGCACAAGGAGCACAUGAACCAUGGUGACCUGGUUCAGCAGAACUUCCUUGACACAUUCCAUAACCUCACUUUAAAACUGCUGCUUCAAUUCCGCUGGACGCAUGAGAACUGCGCCCAUGCCCACUUCCUCAUGUCUGCUGACGAUGAUGUCUUCAUCCAUAUGCCUAAUUUAGUGCGCUACCUUCAGGACCUCAGAAGACAGAACGUGCGAAACCUUUGGGUCGGCCAUGUACACAGGGGGGCGCCUCCAAUUCGGCGCAGGGACAGUAAGUACUACAUGCCUUUCGAUAUGUACCAGUGGUCGUCCUACCCAGAUUACACCGCCGGGGCGGGGUACGUUGUCUCUGGCGACGUGGCAGCCAACAUCUAUCAGGCCACGCUAUCUCUGAAUGCUUCUAUUUAUAUCGACGACGUCUUCAUGGGUAUCUGUGCCAUUGUAGCGGGCGUCUCACCUCAGGAACAUGUUUAUUUCUCGGGUGAGGGGAAAACACUCUAUCACCCAUGCAUCUAUGAAAAAAUGAUCACCUCUCAUGGACACGAGGAAGAUAUCAGGUAUCUGUGGAAAGUUGCGACCACCCCACAGGUAGAAGCUAUUUCUUCUGGACUGUUUGGGAAACUCUAUUGUACAGCUGUGAAAAUGAAACUGCUUUGUAAGCCGUACUUUACAAACACGUAUCCAUGUAUGGCAGCUUUUGCAUGAUGCACUGUGAGCUUUAGAAAUUCCAAGCAGUAUUUAAGUUUUUUUUUUUUUUGGUUUACUUUUGCUAUAAAUGUUAAAUAUUUAGUAAUUUCCCAAUAAAGUUAAAAGGUAUGUGCCAUAAGAAUGUGUUUUGCACUUAUGCUCUUUUAUUUUUUUUAAUUUAUUUUUAAUGUACAGUGUCGGACGA